UCCUUGUGCACUCACUUACCUGACAACUUAAUUAGAGAAAAUUCUCCCAGCUGACAACGGGACAGAGACAGAGAGUGAAAAUAACAGGGAGGGGUUGAUCGCAGCACUCGAUACAUUAAUCAUGCAUGCCUGGGUUUUUUGGGCCACCAGCUUGGAGACCGUAGGGAUGAGAUGACUGCCUCUCUGUCUUCCCUAACAGCUAUGGGUGCUACAGGGAGAUGGAUGUUCUGGACCUUGUGUGUGUGUUUCACCGCUCAGGAGAACACUGCGCUCAGGGUAACCAUGAGAGAAUCCAGUCUGGAGGUGGCUCGAGGGGAUUUUGUCAUCCUGCCCUGCUCCUUCUACACCUCCGCCUCCAACCACCUCUCCAGACUCAACAUCAUCUGGACGCUGACUCCCUUCUCCAGUCCAGAAGCCCCGAUACAGGUGAUUGUGUACGAUCACGGGCAGGUGAUUGAAGACCCCUCCCUCAUUGGCAGGGUGGGUUUCACAGGUCUUCCUUUGAGUGCAGAUAUCAUGCUAAACGACACACGGGUCUCAGAUGCUGGUAUUUACCGCUGCAUGGUUAACAACCCACCGGAGAUUACAGAUCCCGGCAUCGGAGAGCUGGUGCUCAGUGUUCUGGUGCCGCCUUCGCUGCCUGUGUGCCAGUGGGAUGGAGACAUCAAUAUGGGAGGAAGUGUCAGGCUGUCCUGCUUGGUGGCAGAGGGCAUCCCCACUCCAGAGAUCCGCUGGGAUAAAAUGAAUCCAGAUGAAAUCUCCCUUCCCAUCAACAUGGAGAGUGAACUGUCAGGCUCUGUUCAAAUUGUCAACGUGUCCUCUCAGACCUCCGGCCUGUACCGCUGCUCCGCCACUAACACCCUGGGAACAGAGAACUGCUACAUCAACUUAUCCAUCUACAGCACCCCAGACAGUCCCUCUGGCAUACUGCAGGGUGUGCUGCUGACCUUGUCUAUGUGCCUGCUGUUGCUGGCUUUGCUGGUGCUUGUUCUGUGGCUCCAUCACACAGGGCAGGAUGGGAGGUUGAGGAAGGGGAGAGGAGACAAGGAUGAGUUUUAUAACGAGAUACGGUACACGCCGUCCCUGAUGAAACGCUCUUUUGUUUGAUUUCUCAAAGACUUUCGGGACUUUUUAAUGUAUCCAUGUAAAGGAUGUCUGCAGCCCAGACCAGUGUUCCCUGAAUGUUACUCCACAGCUGUAAAGCAUCAGAAACUUUGAAAUAAAAGUGGAAUAAAUGUUCCGAAAGGUGCGACA